UUUCACUCUUUUCAGAGAUGCAAUUCUCACACACAUGCAUCAACAGGCCAGUAGGGGGCAGUGCACCAGGUGACGUCACCCCAUCAGUCUGAGUGAGUGUCUUGCUUGUAAACAGAGUGGCUCUCAGUCUCAGGCAGGUUAAAGAGCAGUGCAGCUCCAGAGACUGUAGGGAACAAGCAGAUGCUCAGGAUUGCCUGGAAGUGGCCAGCCACACCUGGACUUAUCCCACUGCAUCUCACUCAGAAGGAAUGGCAUGUCUCAUGGCAGCCUUCUCAGUCAACAACACUACUGUCACCAACUCCAUCAUAAUGAACACCAACGGACCUCCUGACCUCAUGCUGGACCCAAGGACAGUUUGUGUUUCCAUCGACGAUGUGGUGACCAAUCACAAUGGCAGCCAGCAGACUCCUCUGUUACACGGACACUUGAAAAAAGUGGAGAACAAUCUGACUGAAGCACAGCGCUUCUCCUACCUGCCCCGCAGACCAGCGGUCAAUAUCGAAUUCAGAGACCUCUCAUACUCAGUUCCUGAAGGACCAUGGUGGAGGAAAAAAGGUUACAAGACCCUGCUGAAAGGCAUCUCUGGGAAUUUUACCAGUGGCGGACUGGUGGCCAUCAUGGGGCCUUCAGGAGCUGGGAAGUCUACUCUUAUGAAUAUCUUGGCAGGAUAUAGGGAGACUGGAAUGAAAGGAGAGAUCUUAAUUAACGGACAGCCCCGUGAUCUGCGCUCCUUCAGGAAAGUCUCAUGUUAUAUUAUGCAAGACGACAUGCUUCUGCCUCACCUCACAGUACAGGAGGCCAUGAUGGUGUCGGCUAAUCUCAAACUCCAGGAAAAGGAGGAGGGCAGGAGGGAGAUGGUCAGGGAGAUCUUGACUGCGCUCGGCUUGUUGGAGUGCGCUAAAACACGAACCUCCAACAUCUCCGGCGGCCAGAGGAAACGCCUGGCCAUCGCCUUGGAACUUGUCAACAACCCACCCGUCAUGUUUUUUGAUGAACCCACAAGUGGCCUGGACAGCUCCUCCUGUUUUCAGGUGGUGUCACUGAUGAAAGCUCUCGCACAAGGUGGCCGGACAGUCAUCUGCACCAUCCACCAACCCAGCGCCAAAGUCUUUGAGCUCUUUGACAAACUAUAUGUCCUGAGUCAAGGUCAGUGCAUCUACCGAGGAAAAGUAUCAAACCUCAUCCCUUACCUUAGGGAACAUGGACUCAACUGCCCUACGUACCACAACCCUGCUGACUUCAUAAUGGAAGUGGCUUCAGGAGAAUAUGGUGACCACAUGGCUCGGCUGGUGAAGGCGGUUCAGGAAAUGAAAUGUGAGAAAGAUUACAAAAGUGAGAUGAACGGAGAUGGUGCCCUGAACCCCUUUCUGUGGCAUAGGCCUUCUGAAGAGGACUCCUCUUCCACUGAGGGCUGCCACAGCUUCUCUGCCAGCUGCCUGACGCAGUUCUGUAUCCUCUUCAAGAGAACUUUCCUCAGCAUCAUGAGAGAUUCGGUGUUGACCCACCUGCGUAUCACCUCUCACAUUGGGAUCGGGAUUCUGAUAGGGCUUCUCUACCUGGGCAUCGGCAACGAGGCCAAGAAAGUCCUCAGCAACUCUGGUUUCCUUUUCUUCUCUAUGCUCUUCCUCAUGUUCGCUGCUCUAAUGCCUACUGUGCUUACCUUUCCUCUUGAAAUGGGAGUGUUUUUGAGAGAACACUUGAAUUACUGGUACAGUCUGAAGGCGUACUAUCUGGCAAAGACCAUGGCUGAUGUUCCAUUCCAGAUUGUAUUCCCGGUGGCAUACUGCAGCAUAGUUUACUGGAUGACCUCUCAACCAUCAGAUGCUGUCCGCUUCAUUCUCUUCCUGGCCCUGGGUACUCUCACCUCUCUGGUGGCACAGUCUCUGGGGCUUUUGAUUGGGGCAGCAUCUACAUCUCUGCAGGUGGCCACUUUUGUAGGUCCAGUAACUGCAAUUCCAGUGCUGCUUUUUUCAGGCUUUUUUGUCAGUUUUGACACCAUACCAAAAUACCUUCAGUGGAUAUCAUACAUUUCCUACGUUAGGUACGGCUUUGAAGGAGUUAUUUUGUCUAUCUACGGGCUGGACCGUGAGGACCUACACUGCGACAAAGAUGAAACAUGCCAUUUCCAGAAAUCAGAAGCUAUCCUGAAAGAGCUGGACGUUGAAAACGCUAAGCUGUACAUGGACUUCAUUGUGCUGGGCAUCUUCUUUGUUUCUCUGCGGCUGAUUGCCUACUUCGUCCUCCGCUACAAAAUCAGUGCUGAGCGAUAGAGCAGUCGAGGAGAUGGUGGAGGAAGCCCUGGCAAGACUCUGAAAAUGCCCUGAAAGGGAUGAGCUUAAUGGACCAAAGUCGGCUAUACUUCUAUCCGUACAGGUUUUAUGUUAUGGAGGUCUUUCCAGGACAGCAAUGCAGUAGACAGAAGCAUAUACUGAAAAUGACAUUGCGGAGACGCGCUGAUGCACUAAAAACAAGGGAGUAGAUGUGGACGCUGCAUUUAGUCACACAUCUGAAUAGACAUCAUUGGUUGGCUGUGUUAACAGGGACAAUCCUGAAUUUUACAGAAAAUAGUAACAUUGAACUCUUUUGUGCCAGUUUGAACAUUUAUCAGAGAGCUGGACUCGUGUUUACAAUGAAAUGUAGAUUGUUUUUUUAAGUGUUAUGUUCUGUUGUAUAAGACAAAUGGUGGGAGGGAGCUGUUACCUUAUAGCCAUUCUCUCUUCCAUGUUUGUCUGUCUGUGUAUGGAAUGGCUUUUCUCCUUGUCUGUAGGAUCCUUUUAACUAGGAUAAGUCAGAGAGGAGCUUCAAACUUUAUACUUCAGGGUUUUACUGAUUUAAGAGCUGGUCUCCAAAAGUGCGCCUAAUAGAGUAGGAUGCUUUACCUAUUUUAUUGCAUAGAAAAAAAAUGCUCUCAUUACUGACCAUUAUAUUAAUGCUUUCUAUACUAUCUAUUCCAAUUCAACUUUGUGUAAUGUAUUAUAAUCCCUAGCUCUAUACUGAUAUGCCCAGUGUCAUGGGACAAGGGACUAAAAUGGUGUCCACUGACUUUUGUCAUGCCCCGUGAAAGAUAAAAAAUGCUGCACUGACCUGUGUGUGGGGUCUCUUACACUGAAUAUGAAUGUGAGUUCUGCUGGUCACAAUCACAUAUCACAUUGUGGAUUCACACAAGGAAUAUAAAAAAAUUGAAAACAACCUCAGAAAUGGAAAGUCCCAUUCAAGUUAAUCAAGCAUUCACUGUCAGACCUCACUCAAACUCUGAUAGUUCAUGUCGUUUUGCCAUGAGCACGCUGGCCAGUGUUCAGCCUCACUCACAAGAGUGUCCAUUCCCUUAGGUAAUAAUUUGUAAUCAAUUUAUAUACCAUGACUUUUGGCAUGUAAGUGUAUAAUGUGUUUUAAUGAUGAAAAUGUAGUGACCUGCAAAUUUACAGGGUAUUUUUAAUCAGGUGACUGACGGAAAAAAAGCACAAUUUCAAAAUGUUCACCAGCACUUUUUAAAAUAAUUAUAUAUAUAUAUAUAUAUAUAUAUAUAUAUAUAUAUAUAUAUAUAUAUAUAUAUAUAUAUAUAUAUAUAUAUAUAUAUUAAUCUGGCUAUAGUGUAAUAAUGGCAUUUGUACAGGUUCAGUUUCUGGGACCAAAAAUACAGUUUUAAAAGCUUCCAUGGGUAUUUAAUAUAUAUCUACAACUCAGAAUCUACAGAUCUGGAUAUUUAAAGCAGCCUGGUUCCAUUCUGUUUUUAAUAAGGUUUCAUCCUCGUAAAACACUGAGCACAAUUUACUUGUUAAUGAAAAGGUGAAGCGAUCUGUAUUCAGAUGUUGUUUGUAAACAUCUGUAUGAUUUAUAGUGCCAUGUUCUCCUGACUGAUUUUAAUACAGGCAGCUUUAUCACAAAACAUGGCUUUUGUCCACAGAAAGCCAAAUGUUUCAUAAACAGUAGUAGUUUAGGCAUCAAAAGCAAGGCAAUCACAAGCACAACAACAGACACUUACCUUCUUGUAAUACAUUGUGUACGUUUUUACUUUAAAACUGCUUCAAAAUAAUUGUGAUGCAUCAAUGCACUGAUGAGAAAGGAGAAUAUCAGCUUUAUUGUUGUUACUCCUGGCUACUACUGCACUAUGUAACUCUGGUAAAGUGCAUACUGCUGUAUAACCUAAGUCAUCUUUGUUUAAAAUUGCUGUAAUAUUACUCUAAAUCUUUAUCCCAAAAACAGUUCUUACUAAACUUAAUGUUUAGUACCUCUGGAAACUCUCAUUUUCUUUUCCACACGUGGUUUGUAAGUUUUCAGUUGUUUGUACUUAUUUUACUGGUGUAAGCCUUUGAUUGCCUAAACUAUAACUUCAUGAUCCAUAAUACCACAAAGCGAAAACAGAGGAUAUCAUACUUACCAAGAAAAAGCUGCAGAGUUUUAAGAAAUCAAUUCAAAUGUGAAAAUGUUAUCUCUCAGUCAGUUUUCUUUUGAAUAUUGUGUAUCAAUAGUUAGUUCCUUUUACAGCCCAGGUACAAGAACGUUACCUAUGUGAAUGCUAAGCUUUAACUUAAGUAUUACAGUGGUGUUACAUAUGCAUACAAGGCAUCAACUAUUUGCUGUGGACCUUAAUAUAAAAUAUUAUAUUGCAAACUUCGAUUUUAAACACAGGUAGAUACAAGUACUUCUGUCAAGUCUGUCUGUGAUGCUCUGCAUUCUCUGUUCUGCUUUUUUUUCCUUUAUGUGCUGGCUAUAUAUUUCUUAUCUUCAUUAGCGUUUCUUUCUUUGAAACUUGCACACAUCAUCCAAAGUAUGAAAAUGUCAGUUUUCAUCCUUAAAGAUAUUAAGGUUGCAUUUAUUAGUCAUGUCAUUUUUCAGGGCACUAUUGCUUCUUGUUCAAUCAGUUGUGUUAUUUCCUGUAAAAGUGAUGUAAUGACUUGGUAGAACAGGAAUAAAGUUUUGUUAUUUUCAAAAAA